UUGCAUUACAAACAAAUGGGUCAUGGUCGCGCGACUUUGCGUUGUUGCAUGGUGCAAGUGAGAUCACUCUGCAGCACCACUUCCGCAAUUUCACAUUACGGUCGCAUAGGUGAUGUAGACAAUGCUCGAAAGGUGUUCGACAAUACGCCAUUGCCACACAGGACCAUCACUUCCUGGAACGCCAUGGUAGCUGCCUACUUCGAAUCUCACAAACCUCGCGACGCCGUCCUUCUGUUCGACCAAAUGCCCCAAAGAAACACAGUUUCCUUCAACGGCAUGAUUUCGGGUUAUGUAAAAAACGGAAUGGUCUCUGAAGCAAGGAAGGUGUUUGAUGUUAUGCCUGAACGAAAUGUUGUUUCGUGGACUUCGAUGGUUCGUGGUUACAUUCAGGAGGGUAUGGUGGAAGAAGCUGAAAAGCUCUUCUGGGAAAUGCCACAGAAGAAUGUGGUGUCGUGGACUGUUAUGAUUGGUGGGUUGUUGAAGGAGUCUCGUUUUGAGGAUGCAAAGAAACUGUUUGAUAUGAUGCCUGUGAAGGAUGUUGUUGCGGUUACUAACAUGAUUAGUGGGUAUUGUCAGGUGGGACGUUUAGAUGAAGCUCGUGAACUGUUUGAUGAAAUGCCGAUGAGAAAUGUGUUUACUUGGACUACUAUGGUUUCUGGAUAUGCAAAGAAUGGGAGGGUUGAUGUUGCAAGAAAGCUUUUUGAAGUGAUGCCUGGGAGAAAUGAGGUGUCUUGGACGGCUAUGCUUAUGGGGUAUACUCAGAGUGGGAGGAUGAAGGAGGCUCUCGAGCUUUUUGAAGCGAUGCCGGUGAAGUGGGUUGUUGUUUGUAAUGAGAUGAUCACGCGGUUUGGACUUUCUGGGGAGGUGAGUAGAGCUAGGAUGGUGUUUGAGGGAAUGAAAGAGAGAGAUGAGGGAACUUGGAAUGCUAUGAUUAAGGUGUGCGAGAGGAAAGGGUUUGAGUUGGAAGCUUUGGGUUUGUUUGUUAGGAUGCAAAGGGAAGGGGUUGAGUUGAAUUUCCCUUCAUUUAUCAGUAUUCUUUCUGUGUGUGCCAGUUUAGCAAGCCUUGAUCAUGGCAGGCAAGUUCAUGCUCGGUUAGUUAGAUCUGAAUUUGAUCAAGAUUUAUAUAUUGCUUCGGUUUUGAUUACGAUGUAUGUUAAGUGUGGUGAUCUUGUUAGAGCAAAAGGGAUUUUUAAUAGGUUUCCAUUUAAGGACGUUGUCAUGUGGAAUUCUAUGAUCACGGGUUAUUCUCAGCAUGGGUUGGGAGAGGACGCUCUGAUUGUUUUCCGUGAUAUGUGCUUGUCUGGAGUUCAGCCAGACGAGGUUACCUUUAUUGGAGUUCUUUCAGCUUGUAGCUACAGUGGCAAAGUGAAGGAAGGGUUCAAAAUUUUCGAAGCAAUGAAAUGCACUUAUAAAGUGGAGCCAGGAAUCGAACACUAUGCUUGUAUGGUUGAUUUGCUAGGCCGAGCAGGCCAAGUAGAUGAGGCAAAGGAAUUGGUAGAAAAAAUGCCAAUGGAACCGGAUGCUAUUGUUUGGGGUGCAUUAUUAGGUGCUUGCAGAAACCAUAUGAAGCUCGAUUUGGCUGAAAUUGCAGUAGAAAAACUUGCGAAACUAGAGCCCAAAAAUGCCGGGCCUUAUGUUUUGCUCUCGCAUAUGUAUGCAUCUAGGGGAAGAUGGAGGGAUGUUGAAGUACUUCGGAAAAAAAUAAAUGCCAGGAGUGUCGUCAAAUUUCCUGGCUUUAGUUGGAUUGAGGUGGAGAAGAAGGUGCAUAUGUUCACCGGGGGAGACAGCAAGGGCCACCCUGAGCAGCCUAUUAUCACAAAAAUGUUGGAGAAGCUAGGUGGAAUUUUAAGGGAAGCUGGAUAUUGUCCCGAUGGCAGCUUUGUGCUUCAUGACGUGGACGAGGAAGAGAAGUCACAUAGCUUGGGUUAUCAUAGUGAAAAACUAGCUGUAGCAUACGGACUCCUAAAAGUGCCUGAAGGGAUGCCAAUUAGAGUUAUGAAAAAUUUGCGGGUUUGUGGUGAUUGUCAUUCUGCGAUCAAAUUGAUCGCAAAAGUCACCGGUAGGGAGAUCAUUUUAAGAGAUGCCAAUAGAUUUCACCAUUUUAAAGAUGGCCACUGUUCUUGCAAGGACUUUUGGUAGUUCCUUAUAACAGUCACAUUCAGUCUCAGACUUGAAUAGUUUGUUGAAUUAGAGGGUUGCUUUAUUCCUAAGCAUAAUGGGAUCAGAAACUAUGCACAUGAGAACUGUAUUUAACAAUCAAACAGAAGAUCCUUAAAACAUUGGAGUCACUUGCGAAUUGCACACAGCCUCCAAUAUUUGCAUUGAAAUAGGUGGAAUGAAAGCAUUCACUUCCAAAGAACUGGAAGUUGAUACUAAGUACUGGCAAUUUUAACUGCUAAAUUAAAGCUGUCCAGGGAGGUAAUGGGAAGGUUUUAAACGAGUAUGGGGAUGCACUAACCCAAAAAUCCUUACGCCAGGUGCUGUGUUCCUGGAGCUAUUGAUGGGGUUGCAAGUUGCAACCUAUUUCACAUAAGAAUAUUGAUUACAAGAAGCUUCUUAAAGGUGGCUGAGUUAGUACUCCUGAAUCCUGAUGAUACAAGAUAGGUCUUAUGACAGAAUUUGAUAUAGCCUUAGAGUGUGUUUGGAUAGAGCAUUUUAAUGAGGUAAUGUAUUGUUUUGAGGGAAUUUAAAAUGAUUUGCACAAAAUUUAUUGUUUGGAUACAAAAAUGAAGAAUUGUUAAAAUGAUGGAAAUUUAUGGAGUAUUUUAUCUAUGUUAAAUUUAAUCAUUUUGAAAUGACACCAAAAACCAAAGAAUUUGAAAUUCCUUCAUACUCCAUAAAAUGUAUUUGUUACUAUUAUUUCUUCAAAUCUUGCAAAUUGGUCCUCAUAUUUUCCAAAAUUACAAAAUUGACCCUAAGGUAAUUCAUUGCUUAAAUUAUGCAUAUUUCAUUAAUGGUUUCUUUAACUACGAAUAUUUUCUCAAAUUUCAAAAAUUAAAAGAGAUGUGGAAAUUCAAACACAAUAAAAUAUUAUAUUGUCCUAAAAAUAUAGCAAUAAAAGUAAAACUUGAAACAAUAAAAUAUUAUUACCUCCGUCUCA